AUGAGUACGACUGGACGUACUGGUGCAGGGUUCAGACAGCAGCCAACCCCACUGCAAACUAUUUGCGGUAAAAUACAGAGAAAACUAGGCAUUCUGGAUUUACUGCUGAACGAUGUAGAACAGCAUAUUCUGUGUACAAAUUUUAAAAAAUGCUACUCGGAAGAAUGGACUCGAUUGAUGAAUACACUUUCUGAAAGUGUGUCCCUUUCACUUGAUACCGUUAUUCCAAUUCAUUUUGAUCCGGACAUUCCUCAUCCCUCCAGUACUCGACAUCAAACAGAGUCUGAUCCUUACAAACCAUGUGACACGAUUGCCAAUCAUCUCUGUCAUUUCACAAGAAUGACACAGUUUUUGACGGAUAAGAAAAACAAACGUUUAAUGAGCCCACGUACCUUGUCGACGAAAACAUGUAAAAAAUGGUUAAAAAAUAUACUAUGGGAUUUAAAGUACCAACCCAUUAGCUAUCUGGUUGAGUUUAUGUAUUAUGAUGGAUUCGUGAGUAUACUGAAUUUAGGCGAUGCAGCCAUUUCGCCGCUUGGAAGGAAUGACUGA